CUCGGUCUCCAGAUCAUCGCUGCCCACCGUCCGACCGCACAGCAGGAGUUGCAGACGGGUCUGUGUGCGAUGUAUGCCUGAGUGUGUCUUGAUGAACUCCGGCUGCUAGGAGCUGCGUACAGAAGCAAUCCUUGGUUCUUCUCGUUACCCGGAUCACUCAUCAAGCCAUAGACUGAUUCUAUGUCGUGCUUGCGCGCCCUCCCACAACAACUGCGUGAGGAAACCUUGGUCGGCCCUCUCUUCGUCUUUACCACCCCGACGGACCGUACGUCGCAAUGAGUGUGCACCCCGAACUCGACACCGUCCGUCGAGCAGCUCUGAUCGCGCGAGUCUAUGACCUGCGCCAACCUCCGACCUAUCUGUCCGCACCUAUAUCCGCCGUCGCGCGUCAUACCACGCAGAACCUCCGCAUCAUCCUAUUCUCGCCAUUCUUCGACCAGGAGGCGCAACCUACUUCCAAUGAACGCGAUGCUGACUCCGGUGACCAGGCGAAAUACGAAUUCUCGCCGACCGGGCAUUGGGAUGAUGUGCAGAAGCUACUGACAUACGUCUACGUCCAGGCGACGAAGGUCGCACAGGACAUGAACAGGGUGCUCAUGGACAUAGAUGUGCUCUUAAAGGUCCCUCGAGAGUCGUUCGAUGCAGAGCUCAUCCAAGACGCAGAGCGUACAUAUCGCAUUGCUCCCCUCUAUCCGCAGUCUCCUCCAUUACCUGGUGAAAGCGACGACCGCUCGGACAUCCUGGUUCUUCAGCCUGAACACCACUCGCACUCGCCCCGCCAAUCAAUCAUACCAACCCCCUCAGACCCAACACUCCCUCCGCUGUUCCCCAUUUCAGCCCUAGGCGGGACGUUCGACCACCUACAUGCAGGGCACAAGAUCCUCCUCAGCAUGGGGGCCUGGAUCUCCCGCGAGAAGCUCAUAGUCGGCGUAACAGACGACGUUCUGCUCAAGAACAAAGUGCACAAGGAAGUCCUAGAGCCGCUGCCCGUCCGCACAGCACGCGUGCGCGGCUUCCUCGAGCUCUUCAAGCCCGGGCUCCAGUACGACGUCGUUCCCAUCUCCGACGUCUACGGCCCUACCGCAUGGGAUCCGAACAUCCAGGCCCUCGUCGCGAGCAAAGAGACCCUCCCUGGCGCUGCCUCCAUCCACAAGCACCGCGAGGAGAACGGUCUGCCCGCGCUCCGCACCUUCGUGAUCGACGUGAUCUCGUCCUCCGAGGCGAGCCUCGACGACCGGGACGCGGAAGCACUCAAGAACACCAAGAUGAGCAGCACCUUUAUCCGGCAGUGGAUCGUCGAGACCCGCGCGCGGAUCGACAGAAGCCCCCCGGCCGCGUCUUAGCGCGAGCUUGUGCGGCGGGUCAGGGCGGAAUCGAGAUCCCGGUGCCUCUCAAUCUCUGCGUGUACGUAACGAUGUUGAACCUAGCUGGAAGGACGAUCGGGGCGGAAGC